AUGCGGCUGCGCCAUUGCGAGAGCGGGGAGGCGGUGGAGCUGGUGGAGGGAGAGGUUACCUACUUGGGGCGGGGCGUGCUGGGCGUCACGGACAAGCGCAUCAGCCGCCGGCAACUGCAAAUCAGUCUGCGUGGUCCCGCCCUCGCCGUCACCGUGGAAGGGGUGAACCCGGUGUAUGUGCGGAGGGCAGGCAAGGCGGGAGACGGGGAACUGCUGUCGCGCGGAGAAGAGGCCAUCCUGAGGAACGGCGACGUGGUCACUCUGCUCGCCGACCUCCAUCCCCUCGUGCUCGAACUUGAUGGCGACGGUAACACUAGCGGCCGCGCCAACGCGCCAGCCAUCGAAGGCGUGGAUGGAGCAGCUCCCACUACGACAGGACACCGUGUGGUUCAAACUGAGAGGGUGGCGACGUCGAAGAAGCGAAAGCUGCCCUUUGAAGACGCUGGUGACGCCGAGGAAAAAGAGCCGCAGCAGACGCGUGAUGAGAGAGACAGGGAGCGGCUGGAGCGAGCGGAGCGAGAGCAGAAGGAGGAGGCCGAGGUCGACAUCGCACAGGCGAGAGAGGUCAUAGCCGCCGCGCAGCGCGAGAUCGAAGUCGCCCGGACCGAGCGACUGAUCACAUCGCUCGAGCUCAGCAAGAUCAACAAGGGAAGCGACGAUGAACCCGCAAGCGAGCCCGACAGGAAAAAUCAGCAGACACGAUCAUGGAGCGAGAGCGGAUGGGCGAGUACCUGGAGCUGGUGGAGGAGGCCGGCAUUAUGGACGAAGGCGCGGGCAGCGAGGAGGAAGGAGAAGAGGUGGACCCCAUGGAGGACCCGGAUCGCUUCGACGCAGCCGAGUGGAAGAAGAACGCCGACGACAACAGCGACGACGAGGAGCACGUGA